AUGCCACUCCCUACCUUUUACCCCGAUGACAGUGGGUUCGAGUACAGACUCCGAAAGUAUCGCAAAUCCCCCGGCUAUGAAGCAAGUGUCUGUCGUAGACGAAAGAGAAAGCAGCUGCGAAAGACUGCCACCCGGAAACCUCACCGCAAACGGAAGCACCGUGUACCUUCUAGAGUGGGCUACAAGCCUGCUGUUUCUGGUUGA